UAUGUUGUCAGUUAUCUCCCUUAUAUAUGAAUUUUCCAAUUUUUAUGUGUACUGUAGAUAUGUGAAGACUGCAGUAAGAAGAAUAUGUUGGUGUUCACAAAGAUGUGACAAUUAUUUGUUUGAUACACUUAAAAAUUUCAGUAUGCUGUGUGUAAUACAUCUUCAAUUGCGGGCAUAAGAAAAAACUGUAGAAUGGAUCAAGAGCUUAUUCGUCAGCGAGAGCUCUUCAAAAAAAGAGCUUUAGCUCAGCCUACUGUGGAGAAAAGGAAGCUGAAAACAAGCUCAGAACUCGACAAGCCAUCCAAGAAACCAAAACCUGCACCAAAAGUGAAAGAAUCAAGUAGCAGUGCAAGUUUUGAUUACAAAACUGCUCAAGGGAGCUCACAGUACAAGUUUGGUAUCCUUGCAAAGAUUGUGAAUUUCAUGAAAAAGAGGCACCAAGAUGCUGACUUUUAUCCCCUGUCAUUAGAUGAAAUUCUUGAUGAGACAAAUCAAUUGGAUAUUGGGAAUAAAAACAAGCAUUGGCUGGCCACAGAAGCUCUACCGAACAACCAAAAACUUGUGCAAAGUGAGGAAGAUGGUGAGAAGAAAUAUGUGUACAAACCCAAGUACAAUAUACGAGAUCGCAAGGCACUGUUGAAUCUCCUGAAACGAAAUGAUCUCAAUGGUAGUGGAGGCGUUCUUAUGGAUGAUGUUGAUGAAAGCCUUCCUAAUGCAGCAGCAGCUAUAUCAAAACUAGGGGACAACAUUGUCACAGUAACUAGGCCUAAUGACAAAAAGAAGAUACUGUUCUACAACGACAAAGAUUCAACAUUCAAAGUAGAUGAAGAGUUCACAAAACUUUGGAGAGAUAGCAACUUGAUAUUUGGCAUGCAUGUGUAUCUCAUGGAGCUGCCUAUUUUGAGUGGUGAAAGGUCAAGGUCCUCCUUCAAGGUCAAAGGAGUGUCAGUGGAAGGGCAGGAUGAAAAGAAAAUCGAAGAAUAUCUAGAGAAACAGGGAAUCACCUCUCUACAGGAUAUGGGCCUGAAGAAAGUGAUGCCAUCACAGAAAAGAAAGAAGAAUGCUGGGAACAGGAGAUUCAAGAAGCACAAUGAUCACUUGGCAGGCGUCCUGCAAGAUUAUGGAGAGUUAAAGGCUAGCAAGGCAGACAAAUGAGUGCAGUGGUGUCGUAGUGUUCUCUCAACCAUUAGCAUAAUAAUGCCUCUCGCUAAGAGAUUAAUGGGGGUUGUAAGCCAACAAAGCUGUAAAAAGAAGUGUUGUAGAUUUCAUUCAACCAAAUUCUUACUACAUGUAAUUCACAAGUUUUCCUUGUGUAAAAGACACUACCCAAGAGGCUAAAUUUUGUGUUUAAAAUCCUAAAUGAUUGUCCUGGAUUUUAAAAUGUAAUGGUAAGUUGGGGUACAGACAAUAACGAGUCAGAGAAAUCAACAUUUCUCCGUGUUAAAAUUGUUUGAUAAAUUUUGAUGCAGAUCAUAAAGAGCCAGAUUAAGCUUAACUUCUGUAUUGGUGCAUGAUGUGGUAAUGUCUCCGUUGAUGGUACAGAGCCUCACUUUAUAAUAUGGUGAUGCUUGUUUCAAGAUAUAAAUGAUUAGUAACAUAAUAAAGCCUAACAUGAAGAAACAACAUGAAAAUGAAGUAUGAUCUUCAUGAAUUAUGGAAAUAUGUAAUAAAACUUGUGUAGUAUUAAUGACAUAAGAAAUAUAUAUUUUUAUAUGUUUCCAGCUCCCGCUUAUCAAGUGCAUUUGUUGUUGAUUUGUUCAUAAAAUUGUUAUAUAUUUUCAAAAGCUUCAUUUGAAAUUCUAUGUUUUCCUCAGAAAGCCCUGAGUAUUGCAGAACAUUUUUCAGGUGAAAAUGUAGUUUAGAUAAAUCCUUGUUCUGCUUAAUUGAUUUAAACUGUAUUAUUUGCCAGGUCUGAAUUGUUGUAAUUCAAACAAAAAUUACUGUGAGUUUUCUGAAAGUGCAUGUAAAAUUAUGAGUACAUGCUCAAUCAACAUGAACACAGACUUAAAUAGUGUUUUUAUUAUUUUUUGCACUGAAAAAGGCUGGCACUCAUAAAGGUCCGUUUUUUUAUCAAUAUGUUUCCAUGGUAAUUAAUUAAUAUGACUAAGUUGUAGCUCAAAUUUCACUUUCUUUAAUGUACUGCACGUUUUGAUUCAUAAAUGUACGGUAGUCCUUUAACUAUUAAAUGAAAAAAUUAACAAAAGAGUAUAUCAAAUGGUAGAUAUUCAACAUCUGAUUUUAACUGUUUCUACUACAGGUUUAACAUACAGACAUAUUUUGGGGGUUAUUUUGUGAGGUCACUGUCUUAGUUCCAUUACUCUGAUGUUCAAUAAGGUACAAAUUUCCCCUUGUUUGUACAAAGACAAUUGGUUGAAGUAAACUUGCAAAGUGCAUCUAUGUUUUAUUGUUUCCACGAUAAGUUUUAAAUUGAAACUUCAUUUAUGUGUUUGAAGUCAAUUUGUGAGAUCACUUACCAAGCUCCAUUAGUCUUACCUGAAAAUUGGAAGAAAUAUGCCCCUUUUAUACUUCAGGAAAAAUUAUUGUGCAACGCCUUACGAUGAAUUGGCCCCAUUGGUGAAAAAAGGUACCAUGUGACAAAUAAAUUGAAUGUCACAUGGUACCUUUUUGCACCAAUGGGACAAAAAUAAUGAAAAACAAAACAUUGGUUUGAAUUUUGGGCCAGUAAGGUCAAAGAUAAGUUUGCUUUAGCUAAAGGUAUUGUGUUUAAAUAGAGUGUAUAGGUAAAUAACAUGUUGAUCUAUAUAGAAAUGGCACUUUGGUUAAAUGGGGUCAAUGACACAGUGACAUAAAUUAGAAAAACAGUUUCCACUAAAUAAUUCGAGCUUAAACGGAGGCUUUGUACGUUUUUAUACAACCGUAAAAAAAAGGGACGUAUUAUAGUUUCACCUUGGCGACGGGCGGGCGGCAACCACAGCAGUUUCCGCUCUCUAAUUCAAGUUAUAAGUUUUCAUCCAAUCUUCACCAAACUUGGCCAGAAGUUUUAUCAAGACAAUAUCUAGGUCAAGUUCGAAUAUGGGUCAUGCCGGGUCAAAAACUAGGUCACUGGGUCACUUAGUGCAUUUCAAGCAUUUAGCAUGGUGUCCGCUCUCUAAUAGAAAUAGUUUUCAUCAAAUAAUCACCAAACUUGGUCAGCACUUGUAUCUAGAAAAUAUCUAGGUCAAGUUUGAAUAUGGGUCAUGCUGGGUCAAAUACUUGGUUACAGGAAUAUUUAGUGCAUUUCAAGCAUUUAGCAUGGUGUCCGCUCUCUAAUUGUAGUAGUUUUCAUCCGAUCUUCACCAAAUCUGGUAGAAGUUGUGUCUAGACAAUAUCUAGGUCAAGCUCAAAUAUGGGUCAUGCCGGGUAAAAAACCAGGUCAUGAGGUCACUUAGUGCAUUUCAAGCAUUUAGCAUGGUGUCUGCUCUCUAAUUGAAGUAGUUUUCAUCUGAUCUUCACCAAAUUUGGUCAGAAGUUGUGUCUAAAUGAUAUGUAGGUCAAGUUCAAAUAUGGGUCAUGGUAAAGUUAUCAAGUUGUCCAAAACCUUCAAACGGGCGUGUCUUGUGACAGUUUGGCACUCUUGUUUGAGUUGGUGUAAACAGGGUGCAGGGUUAACAGAGUUCAAAUGUGGUUUGCAAAAAUCUUUAGUGCAUUAAAUACCGUUUUCCUUGCAGUUUGUUCCAAUAUCUUCAGAUUUAAGAAUAAAUCCUUAAGUAGGUCUUAAAUGGAUGCCAAAAUUAACGUUGCGUGCAGCAUAAAAAGUGUACUGAAUUCUGUACACCUAUGUUUUUAGCCAAGAACACAGGCUUAUUUAAUAAAGAAAUUCUGUUGUAUUUCACAUUUUCAUAAGCAGCAUAAAUAACUGUCUUUUA